AUAAAUGCAGGUGGUCUGGCUCCACUCCAUCCACCCCAACGCUGGAAGUGCAGAAAUGGAAAGCGGUCAGCAGGCCAACACGUCCCUGGAAGACAAGGAGAGGACAAACGUGCGUCUGGUGUUCCUGGGAGCGGCUGGCGUCGGCAAGACGGCGCUCAUCCGGCGCUUCCUGACGGACACCUUCGAGCCCAAACACCGGCGCACGGUGGAGGAGCUCCACCGGGAGGAGUACGAGGUGGGCGGCGUCAAAGUCAGCAUCAACAUCAUGGACACCAGCGGGAGUUACUCCUUCCCGGCCAUGCGCCGACUCUCCAUCCGGAACAGCGACGCCUUCGCCCUGGUCUACGCCGUCAACGACCUGGCGUCCCUGGAGGCGGUGAAGCGGCUGCGGGACGAGAUCGUGGAGGUGAAGGAGGACACGCGCACGCCCAUGGUGGUGAUCGGCAACAAGAUCGACUGUCACCUGCAGGAGCGGCGGGUGUCCAGCGAGGACGUGCAGUCGGCGGUGGAGCUGGACUGGGACCACAGCCUGGUGCUGGAGGCGUCGGCCAAAGACGACGUCAACGUGCUGGAGGCGUUCCGGGAGCUCCUCCGCCGGGCCAACGUGCCCGGCUGGCUCGGUCCGGCUCUGAGCCGCCGCAGGGAGACUUUCCCCGCGGGCAGGAAGAAGACGCCGCCCAUGAACAAGGCCAACAGCUGCGCGCUCUCCUGAACAACGGACUGGAUCUAUUGAUCGGCAGCACGCAAGAGUCCUCAAAACUUAGUGACACUUUUCAGACUACGAACAACUUGAGACACAUCCGUGAGACUCAUAUGUGUAAAAUCUUUAUGUCGACUAUUGCUCAAAAUGUGCAUUCAUGUAAAACGCCAACUUUUUUUGAAUUUUUUUUUUUUUACUACUGUAAGCAUACUUUUGCAUAAUAAAGGCCA